AUGGCAGUGAAUGUGUACGCCACGUCGGUGUCCAUUGACAACCUCAGUCGACAUGACAUGCUGGCAUGGGUCAACGAUUCUCUGCACCUUACCUACACUAAGAUUGAACAGCUCUGUACAGGAGCGGCAUAUUGCCAGUUCAUGGACAUGUUGUUUCCGGGUUGUAUCCUUCUGAAGAAAGUCAAGUUUCAAGCCAAGCUGGAGCACGAAUCUAUACACAACUUCAAAGUUCUUCAGGCAGCUUUUAAAAGGAUGAGUGUUGACAAAAUAAUUCCUGUAGAAAAGCUUGUAAAAGGGAAGUUCCAGGACAACUUUGAAUUCGUGCAGUGGUUCAAGAAGUUCUUCGACGCUAACUACGACGGGAAGGAGUAUGACCCUCUACUAUCCAGACAGGGGCAGGACGUGGCCCCCGCCCCCAACCCAGGUGAUCACUUUAACCACAGACCAAAGAGAAACCCAGGACCACAGAGGACAUCUCCAACAGUUCCCAAAAACAUGCCAACACCACAGCGAGUCCAACACAACACUCCAGCUUUGAGGAAGAAUCCAUCUUUGUCUAGAAACGGGGGCAGUGAUGCUGAGAUCAUGGAGCUAAAUCAACAGUUGAUGGAGUUGAAGUUGACUGUGGACGGACUAGAGAAGGAGAGAGACUUCUACUUCAGCAAACUACGGGACAUCGAGCUGAUCUGCCAGGAACACGAGAGUGAAAACAACUCCGUCCUCAGCAGUAUAAUCAACAUUCUCUACGCAACAGAGGAUGGCUUUGCACCGCCGGAGGAUGAGGACCUUGAUGAACAAGCUCACCUGGACCAGGAUGAAUACUGAGCCCUUCAUCCCCCCUCCCCA